CGACCCUGGAUACGUCAUCGUCGUCGUCGGCCAGCCCAACGCCCGUCCAGGUCUUUCACACCUUGCCUCGCUCGCGCAUUCCGCCCGCCGCCAUCCUUCCCGCCACCACCUGCUCGCCUUGUCACUCUGAUGUGGUCACCGCGCAGCAUUGGAACUCGACCAGUCUCAGCUCCAAUCGUUUGGCGUCCUCAGAGCAGUGGGCGGUGGAAGGAGACGGGGACGAGAUGAACGGAAAAUCUCCGUUAGCAUCACCGACUGCCGCUCCGUCAUCAGAAGGCGCCGCAAGCUCCGACAACGACACGCCCACGCCCACGCAGCAACAGCAGCACGCCCAUGCUCGGCGUCCCUCGCUGUCACGCCCGCCGCUGCAGAGAUCUUCCUCUUUUGUCAUCCCGGCAAGCGAUGAAACGCCCACGCUAGACCCCGACCUUGGCCCAGGCCCGUCAGUCGACUCUGACGACAGCGCGACCGACGACUUGCUCGCCGCCCAUGCUACACCUACUAUCGCCGUCGACGACAGCGCCACCCCGUCGCCGCUUGACGAGGCUUCGACUCCCGAGCAGAUACAGACGCAAGAAGAGCUGGACCGUUUGAAGCAGGCCAUCCAUGCGAAGAUGGUCUUGAGCCAGCAGCGCGCUAAACUGAGCAACUUAGGCGCUGCCGCUCCCACAAGCCCGCCCUCGAUGGGCGCGCGACGAGUCUCACCGAUCAAGGAGGAAAAUUCAGACGCGAUUUCGCCCUCGCUAGAAGCCUCCUUCUGCAGCCCGUUCCCCACAAGCUCACUAACAACCUCCACCGAAUCCACUGAAUCGUCGCGAACCAUACGCGGCAGUGUCCCGGCGACUCCUGCCCAAAUGCCGUUGCGAACGCCUUCGUAUCCUUUCCCGUAUGUCCCUGGUACUCCGCGCACAUGGUCCUCUUCCUUCCACCAACCCUUCACGACCCUGUCUCCGACGGUUAGCGCAAUGAACAUCAAGGAAGCCUCUUCGCCUUACGAGAGGCAAAUGUCGAGCGUCAGCACACCAGCUGCAUCGGUAGCGACCUUUAUGCCGCCGGGCAUGAAUCCGCAGGGUGCUGAGAAUUCUCAGUACCCUACGCCGAACCUUUACGAUCUAACAUUGCUUAUCAACUCCGAGCCGGGCCUGGACGCCUGGUGGGCUGCUGUUACGAAUGUCAUGAGAGGAUGGUUUGGUGCCGAAAGAGUUACGUUGGCGGUACCGGCAGAUGCGACGGAUAUUGAAAACGUUCCUUGGGGUCAAAAGGCUACCUACAACGUUGCAGGUUCGCUGGGAAUGAAACCGACCAAGUCUGCAGGCCUCUCCAAAGGGAACGAUGUCAAUCGCAAAGACUUUGCUGGAAAAGAAGUCAAGACUGAGCAUGUGGAUUCGCCACAGCAACCUCUCGAACUGCCAAUGAGAAACGUCCGUCCACGGUUGGAAGCGCGCCAUUCUUUUGGGGGAUACGAACGUGGGAGGAACGAGGGGUCAGGCGAUCAGAAGAACAACGGUCCAGCUCGGCCACGAGGUCCACUCCGCACUGCAAGUCAUCACCCGCAUGCCCUGAACCAUCCUGAAGCAUUUGUGCCACAGCCAGAGCCCCGACACGAGAUUCCGGUACAUAUCCACAGGCCGCAUCUCAAGGAAACGACAUUCAGUGACCCGGAUUUCUCGAGCGUUGGAGACGAACUGCAAGCCGGACCGUACAUCGCUGUCUUCCCUGUACUUCGGGCUUUGGAUCAUGAGGCACAUGCUCUCAUUGACAACGCUGGCAUCAACCGCAUACUGGAAAGGGGAAAACUCGUGACUCUCACUCGUGAUUACUCUAGUGCCGAGUCGUCGAGGACAACUUCUGGACAUUCAUCGAAGAAUUCAAAUAGUUCUACCGAAUCUGUCACCCAACCCAGUAAAGGACAAUCAGCACAGCGGAAGCCAGAUCUUCGGAGUCGAGCAGGCAACCCCGGGCAGUUGAGCGGAGAGGAACUUUAUCGAUCCAAACUCACCACGCAUUAUGAAGAAUACGAACAAUAUCCUUCGUCACCUUGGGCUCAGUCGCCCGCACCAUCUCCGGCCAUACAGGCCGACCCUAACGAAAACCCUUUCUUUGCAGGAGCGAACGUUGACGAAGAUUCAUUCAAUCCUACCGGUUCUGGUCCGGAUUAUUCACAGUAUGGUCCAGUGGAAGCCAUUGGCAUUGACAGAGCUAGCACCGUUACUCAUUUACCCCUCAUUCAUCCCAUAUUGUCACAGGUGAUGCAACCGUUUGAUUCGGAUUCUCCUGCUAGAACACCUGCCGAGUCCGUUUCUUCGCGACCGGACAUGUCUACUGUUUCCUCGGAUCACCCGAACUUCCAAAGGAAGGCCCCGAUAGCCAUUCUGUCGGUGCUCUCCUCUGCAGUCCCUUACCCACAGAAUCUCACGCAAACCCUUAAACUUUUAGCUCCUCACCUCGCCACCUCUUUCGCCAACUCUCUCCAUUACACGAAUGCCCAACGACAAGCGUCCGGUUUGCGCCACCGGAGAUUUGGCUCAAACCCGAACGUCGGGUUUGCCCCCACAGCUGCGGACACUGAAAGCCUGGAGGAUUUGAUGCGAUUGGACAUUGAUCAGAUCACCGAUUCAGCAACAGGCAGCAUCACUAGUCCCUCGGAAUACUCUAGUCGUUCAACAGGUGGGUCCAUCGCAGGUACACCUGGUUGGGAUCCGUCGGCACUGGGCUUCACUAGCAAACACUCCGUUGGCAGUACUCCGGGCCAUAUGGUUGGCACCGAAGUGGUCGACAGCUAUUUUGAUGCCAAGAAGAAGACUGGUGCGAGCAGAUCCAACAGCGCGGCCGCGAUAAAUCAACAACCAGAAGGCAGUCGAGAACCGUCUGGAGAGCAAAGGCCUGGUCGCAAGGUUGUUUCUAUCAUGCCUGCCGAGGAGGACGAUGUGACCCCUAAGCUUGAUAUACCGUCGACCUCAAGGCCAUCCGGGAAGGAGGGAAAACACAACGGCCCACACUCACACGGCCGUCAAGGAAGCCCAUCUCGGGUUACAUCGCCCCGGCGGUUCAGCCUUCGGCUCAACCAGUCGCAACAAGGGGAUGGGGGCCACAAUCGUUCUCACUCUUAUUUGCACUCAUACGGCGCCGACUUCAGCUCGUCAUUCCAAUCCUUACCGGCAGCCACCACGCCGUUGCGAACACCCGCUCCGACUAGCCACGGUAGAAGCAAUUCCUUGUCGGAGCGCACAGACAUGCCACCACCUUCGGAACGCUUGCUUAGGACCAUCAUUGACUCUCUUCCAGUGCAAGUCUUUACUGCCGCACCAGCCACUGGAGCUCUGACCUGGGUCAACACCAAAUUUUUGGUCUAUCGGGGCCAAGAUUCUCGCCAAGUUCUUCAGGAGCCAUGGGAUGCAAUCCACCCCGAGGAUCGCGAGGAGUACAUGAGCCUCUGGAACAGGUCUUUACGAACUGGUCAGCAAUUUCAACAAAAAGCCCGCGUCCAACGAUUUGAUGGUCAUUAUCGGUGGUUCUAUGUACGAGCGGCGCCUCUAAAAGACAAGCGUCAGAACAUCGUGCACUGGAUCGGCACUAACAUGGAUGUUCACGAUCAGCAUCUGGCGGAAAUCAAUGCGGCGCGGCAACAAGAGACGGCAGCUUCAGAAGCCAAAUACCGUGCACUAGCGAAUUCGAGUCCGCAGAUUGUCUUUGCCGUAACUCAAUCACGAGGCAUCACGUUUUGCAACGGCCAAUGGCUGUCAUACACUGGCCAGACUGAGGAGGAGGCUUUGGGUCUUGGUUUCAUGGACUUUGUCCAUCCAGAGGAUCUUGUCAAAUGUCGUCUCCCCGCGUUCGACAACGAUGGCAAUGUUCCGAAAAACGUUCCGUUGUCUAUGCCAUCGGAUCUGACACGUUCCGCCUCCAUGGCUGACUCCUCCUCUUCCGACGAUACAUCUACUAAUAAGACUGUAACCAGCCCUGGUGGCGAAACCGAACCGUCAGCCAUACACAUGCCGCAGACGAGGCUCUCUAAGCUCGCAGAUACCGGCAUCCUGAAGGUCACCAAGGAUGCUGAUGGGCGGCCGUCUUAUUCAACCGAAGUCCGGCUGCGUUCCAAAGAUGGCGUGUACCAUUGGCAUCUGGUUCGGAUAUUGCUUGCUGAGCCGGUCUUCAGUGAAGCACAAGAAGAGACUUGGUAUGGGACGUGCACCGAUAUCAAUGACCACAAACUGCUUGAGCAGACGCUGAAGGAAACCAUGGAUGCUAAAUCAAGAUUCCUGAGCAAUAUGUCUCACGAGAUCAGAACUCCUCUGAAUGGCAUCACUGGCAUGGUCAACUUCCUCAUCGAUAGCAAUCUUACGGCAGAACAGAUGGAGCAUGUCAACAUCAUCCGCAGCAGUACCGAGGGACUACGGGACUUGAUCAACGAUAUUCUCGAUUUGUCUAAGGUCGAAGCCGGCAUGAUCACGCUUGCGAUGGAUUGGCUUCAUGUCCGAUCGCUUAUCGAAGAAGUCAACGACCUGACUUCUGCGAUGGCGAUCAACAAAGGACUAGAGCUCAAUUACAUCGUAGAAGAAGACGUACCUUCGAUGGUCAAAGGCGACCGGUUCCGAAUCCGCCAGGUUUUGCUCAACGUCAUUGGAAAUGCAAUCAAGUUUACGCAGAAGGGCGAAGUCUUCGUACGUUGCAGAAUCGCUGAGGAUCAAGAUGCGUCUGUGGAAAGCAGAGAGUCCCUUGUGCAGUUUGAUGUCAUUGAUACUGGUUCCGGCUUUACAGAGAAAGAAGCAGAAUACUUGUUCAAACGCUUCAGUCAAAUCGACGGCAGCAGCACCAGACAGCAUGGUGGUACGGGCCUUGGUCUUGCCAUCUCUAUGCAGCUGGUUGAGCUUCAUGGCGGUAAGAUGAAGGCCAGCAGCGUCCCUGGCAAGGGCUCGACCUUCACUUUCACCAUCAAGUUUACUCUGCCUUCUGAAAAGGAGCGCCCCCCGCAAGACUCUGCCAGUCAUGGUUUUCCGAUUGUACCCAUUCAUAGCACGUUGUCUCCUGCGCUUAGCGAAACAAGCAAAUCAUCGGCGCCUGCUAUACCCUCGCCAAAGGAUUCGGCAAAAUCGCCCUCCUCGGUCUCGUCUUCUGCAAGUUCCGAUCCUUCUGUCAGAACAAACCGUACGAGUUUACCCUCUACCCGGUCUUCAGCAUCUUCGUUCACUUCGGACGCAAACGCUUCUGGUAUGAAGCUAACACUGCCACUAGAUGGGUCUAACAAGCGAACAGAAUCAGACGAAUCCGUUGCGGAGUCGAACACAUCUGUCGACACUGCCAAGCCUAAAAUCGCCGUAUCGCAGACGCGGACGCCGUCUCCUCUCUCUCAACCUCCGAUGUAUUCGAUCUUGGUGGCUUGUCCUCUGCCGUACAGUCGCGAGGCGACAGUCAAGCACAUUGAGAUGACGCUACCAAAAACAAUUCCCGCGCAAAUCACUGCCCGGGAAUCUGUCGAAGAAGCCCAGAAGAUGAUCAGUGGUGAUGAUCCCGUCAUCUUCACCCAUGUGGUGCUUGUGUUACAUGAGACGAGGGAAGUCUUGUCUUUUAUCGACCAGAUAUUCCGCUCACAAGCACAUGCCGCGACUUCUGUUGUCAUCAUCUCAGAUCUCGUGCAGAAGCGAGAGAUUAUGGGCGAGGCUGCAGAGCACGACUACGAUAAGCUGAGCAAGGAGCGCCGCCUGCGCUUCAUCUUCAAGCCUCUGAAGCCAUCGAAGUUUGCGGUUAUUUUUGAUCCGCAAAAGCAAAGGGAGAUCAGCACGGAUCGCAACGAGAAUAGUGCCCAACAGGUUGCUGUCAACCAAAAAAUGGUUUUCGACGCGAUGAAACAUAGACUGGGCAACAAGGGACACCGCGUGUUGCUUGUUGAAGAUAACAAGAUCAACCAGACUGUUCUCCUUAAAUUGCUUGGCAAGGUUGCCAUUAAUGUCGAUACGGUACUCGAUGGCGUGGAAUGCACGGACAGGGUCUUCGCCAAAGGCCAUCAGUACUAUUCAAUCAUCCUGUGCGAUCUUCACAUGCCCAACAAAGAUGGAUACCAGACUUGCAAGGAGAUCCGCAAGUGGGAGAAGAAGAACAAAUACCCACAUCUGCCGAUUAUCGCGCUGUCGGCAAACGUCCUGGGUGACGUAUACAUGAAGUGCGUGGAAGCUGGCUUCAACUCGUACGUGACCAAGCCGGUGGACUUCAAAGAACUGAGCGCUGUGAUGACGAGAUUCUUGGAUCCGGCGGAUCCACUACAACCUCACGAAUUCAUGCGACCGCGAAAAGGCUGAGAGCUAGAGGGAAAUUCACAUCAUGGUGGCGCUAUUCAUCGCUAGCGUUGCAUAAGAAGGGAGACGGCGUAUUGGAUUCGGCAAAGUGCAGGCAGCAAGCUGGGCGAAUGGGAGUCAUUCCAGUCGGUCGCGAUGCCUUUUACU